UAAUAAUACAAUAAAAAUACGAGUUUAAGGGGAACGAGUAAUGCUACGCUAUAAACUUUCCUCUUUGACUCACUUCUGACAAAAGUGCUAACAGCCACCAUUGCUUGUAAACGCAGCACGUAGGCGAGGUCUCCACGCGGUUUGGAGGGUUUAGAAAAAAAUGCGGUAACACCAUUGUCCUGGAAUUGAAUCUUGUAUUGCACUGCAACAGUGUUUACCGUUUUGUUAUACCGAUAGCAUAUUUCCAUGUAUGUUUUUCAAGUAACUGACGACGGCGUCGCUUUUUGAAACUGCAGCUGCACGUGCGUCCUCGUCAAGAUUUGAUCGUCAGUAUUUUUCCGCAUUUCGACUCUUGGUCUUUUUUUUUUCUCGCCGAGCACGAAAGUUACAUCUCCUGAGUCUUGUCUUCAUAGAUGGAGAAGCAGCUUUCGGAGGUGGAGAGCAGCUGUCAAGAGGACAACCAAGAUGCCCCUGAGCCUCAAGCCCGAGCAGGCUGGAACAGUAAAAUCGAGUACUUUUUGGCUCAGGUGGGGUUUAGCGUUGGGCUGGGUAACGUCUGGAGGUUUCCGUAUUUGUGCCAUCAAAAUGGAGGGGGAUCUUUUUUGUUGCUCUACGUGCUGUUGAUGUUGGUCGUGGGCAUUCCCUUGUUCUUCCUGGAGCUGGCUGCCGGUCAGGCCAUCAGACAGGGCAGCAUCGGAGUGUGGAAGUCCAUCUCCCCCAGGCUUGUUGGAAUUGGCUACUCCAGCUGUGUGGUGUGUUUCUUCGUGGCGCUCUACUACAACGUCAUCCUCGCGUGGAGCCUUUUCUACCUCGGCAACUCUUUUCAGUCGCCUUUACCUUGGACGACAUGUCCAGAAGUGGGCAAUGUAACAGUUAACGGAGAAGAAGAAUGUAAGGCCAACUCCACCACGUCCUACUUUUGGUACCGUAAAGCGCUGGAUAUCACGGACAGCAUCAACGACACGGGCUCCUUCAACCCGUACAUCGUUGGCUGUCUGUUGGCCGCCUGGGCAAUUGUGUGCCUGGGAAUGUUCAAGGGGAUCAAGAGCUCAGUCAAGGUGAUGUACUUCUCCUCCAUCUUUCCCUACGUGGUGCUCUUCUGCUUCCUUGUGCGGGGUCUUCUCCUUGAAGGGGCCUUGGAAGGAAUCACUUACAUGUUCUACCCCAAGCUGGAGAUCUGGGGAAACAUCCAGGUGUGGCGGCAGGCGGCCACGCAGGUCUUCUUCGCUCUGGGCCUGGGCUUCGGUUCCAUCAUCGCGUACUCCUCCUACAAUCCCAAGAACAACAACUGCCACCGCGAUGCCUACACCGUGUCCUUCAUCAACUUCUUCACGUCGGUGCUGGCCACGCUGGUGGUGUUCGCCGUGCUCGGUUUCCGUGCCAAUAAGAUCACCGCCGAGUGUGUCGUGAGCAACUUAAAAGUGCUGCUGGCGCAGGCCCAAAAGGGUGACGUGGACCAAAGCGUCUUACCAACGUUUAACCACUCGGACCCCGCCUCUUUUGGCCUGGAGGCGUACAAGAAGUGGUUUGAACAGCACGGAAGCCACGUCCGGGUCAACUUAUCCGUCUGCGACCUGGAAAACGAGAUGCAGAAGGGUGUGCAGGGCACCGGCCUGGUUUUCAUCGUCUUCACGGAGGCCAUGUCGUUGUUGCCCGGCAGCCCGUUCUGGUCGGCUCUCUUCUUCCUCAUGCUGCUCAACUUGGGCCUCAGCACCAUGUUCGGCACCAUGGAAGGCAUCCUGGCCCCGCUCACCGACCGCUUUAAGACUCUGGCAAACAACAAGACGAAACUCACCGUUUUGAGCUGCCUCGUCGGCUUCCUGAUCGGCCUGCUCUUCACCCAGCGCUGCGGGAACUACUUUGUCAUGAUGUUUGACGAUUACUCGGCCACCUUGCCUCUCAUCAUCGUGGUGGUGUUUGAGAAUUUCAGCGUGUCUUGGCUCUACGGGGCCGACAGGUUUCUGGAUGACAUCGAGGCCAUGCUGGGUUGGCGGCCCUCCGUGGCUUACAAGUACCUCUGGAAGUACAUUUGUCAGCUGGCCAUGUUGGUGCUGCUGGCGGCCACAACCAUUCGCAUGUUCAUUGAACCGCCGACGUACAGGAUGUGGAAGAAAGAGAUGAAUUCGGAGGUGGCCGAGCAGUACCCGGGCUGGGCUCUGGCCGUCUUAGCCUUGCUCAUCAUAUUUGCAAUGAUGCCCGUGCCGCUGGGCUUCUUCUACACUCUUCUCCGGGACAGGAAGCGGGCUCGCUCCGGCGGCGUACUCGCCGACGACUACACCAUCGUGAGCACCAAGUGCGAAACCCCCUUGACCGACAUGUCCGACGUCAGCCAAUGGAACCGGGGCAACGGUUCGGCCUAAGAUGCGCUCGUUGGGGUCACGUCACUUCCGUUUCAACGGGACCUCUCCAAAGUUAGCAUUUGGAUCUUAAGUUCUGUCGCUGGUAUUUAUUCACGCACAAUGAGAACUGUUUUUUUUUUUUUUUUUGGGGGGGGGCGGGGUUUAGCAUGAAAUUUGAAAGCCUUCAUAGGUAAGACAAAUACCUAAAUGUGAUCUUUGAACAACACAUGAUUCUGCCGGACUUGAAUAACAAACACGGAGCCGGAAUUUCAGCGGCCAUGUGACGCAUCACACUCGAGUGCGUUUUCCCAGUUUCACCUCUCCAGAUGUUUUUCCCUCAGUCUUGACCACGUGACCGAACACCAACACGAGAAACUCUUCUCUGAUGCAUGUAUGUUCAUAGUUAACAGAAGGGAAAUGAAAGCGCGAGACUUUGGGUUUUGUGAGCUCGAAAUGCAAAUGGAACAUGCGGGCGGGCCUUCUCCCGUCAAAGUCUUUGGAUCAAGCCGUCCUCUUCAAGCUUUCAGGGAUUCUUGUUCUUCAUAUUUAUUUUGGAACACACCAGUUUCGCUGUACUGGUCUCCGAUUCAGUUUUUCAGAUUAAAAACGUGGUGGCCGUGUGACAUUUUUUGGGUGAUUAUUUUCUACUUCCAUGGCAUCUUUUAUACGAGCUGACGUGUCGUUUCACGUGCACGGUGUUGACCCCAAAAGAUGAAUUGAAUGAAAAAUGUGAUUGAAUGCUGCCAGUGUACAAAUGCCGAGUGCCUUGUUUUUUUUCAGGAGAGAAAAAAAUAUCGUGGCUUGUACAGUGUUGAACAUUUCUUGUUUGUGGAUCAUUUUCAAAGUGUACAGAAAAUGUCAAGGAAUGCCUUUUAUGUAAUGUAUUGUUCUUAUGAAAACA